UGCAGAUAUUCUUCCUUCAGCGAAGCGCUGCCUGUAAAAAUCCAGACGCUGUGUGUUUGGACACUGACAGCAGCCUAAUUUCACAUACAUGUACACAACCUGCAAUUUGAUUCAAAACGACUAAAGAUUAUCCUCCAUCUCCGCGGCGUUUUAGCGGACAUUCGGAGAAACAAAAAACAAGCCGCUGGCAGACAGACUACAGACGGAUGCAAUUCCCAGCAGCAGUGGCGAGUUAGAUGGAGAAACAGAGGGUGGACGAGUCGCUGUCGUAAAUAAUUAAAUAUCAGGCAUCUGUUGAAGCUAAAAGAAGUGGAAAAUGCAUCUCCACCAGGUGCUAACGGGAGCUGUGAACCCCGGUGACUGCUGCUAUUCUGUGGGGAGCGUCAACGACAUUCCUUUCACCGCCUAUGGUUCAGGCUGUGAUAUAGUGAUCUUGGCCAGUGAUUUUGAGUGUGUUCAGAUCAUCCCUGGGGCUCAAAAUGGCAACAUCCAGGUGGGCUGUGUUGAGUGCUCCCACCAACUGGGCAGGAUUGCUGCGUCCUAUGGGAACACAGUGUGUAUCUUUGAACCAUUCGCUACCAACCCAAACAAACGCCACAAGCAGCUUAACUACCAGUGGAGAAAGACAGGACAGUUCUUCCUAAAUGCUGUCACCUAUAACCUGGCCUGGGACCCACAAGGGAACCGUAUUCUGGCAGCUACAGAGCACCUGCAGCUGUGGGCCCCUCCGUCAGCAGACACACUGAUAGAGGAGGAGGAUGGACCCGUGACCGAUGACAAACCUCACCCUGCCCUCAACGACUGGAAGUGUGUUUGGCAGUGCAAGACUGCAAUGUCUGUUCACAUCACCAAGUGGUCUCCUGAUGGGGAAUACUUUGCAACAGCCGGCAAGGAUGACUGUCUGUUGAAGGUGUGGUACCCCACCACUGGGUGGCGCUCUGCUGUGGUGCUCCCAGACCUCCCAGAUAAGAAAGGCCCUCAGGUCCACUUCUCCUUUAUAUACCUGGCCCACCCCCGCUCUGUCACCGGCCUGUCCUGGAGGAAGACCAGCAAAUACAUGCCCAAGGGUAGUGUGUGUAAUGUGUUGUUGACGUCGUGUGAGGACGGUGUGUGUAGGUUGUGGUCUGAGACGGUGCUGCCAGAGGACAGUAUCCUGGGUGGUCAUAUCACUGAGAACACAUACAGCUCCAGCCUGCCAGGCCUGGGGGGCAAGGACAAGAUACAGCACGCCCUGGAGUCGAUGAGCCACCUGAAGCACCUGCGUCGUGGUCGUCGGAGGUCGUCUGCUCUGGUGUCUCACACUGAGUUGCUGCCGUCUCAGAUGGGGAUCCACGAGACACACACACACCGUCACAUCUCUCACCACGCUAACGCUCUCUGUCAUUUCCACAUCUCUGCCAGCAUCAACCCUGCCACGGACAUCCCAGCGGUGCUAGCGGAGUCUGCCGUGUUUACUCCGGAAGACGGGAGUGGAGGAGGAGGGUUUGUGGUCCACUGGCUCAACAACAAGGACCUGUCCUUCACCACGUCCAUGGACCUGUUCAUGCUGCAGCUCCGCAAGCUCUCAGAACAGCAGCUGGACCAAGCCACCGACGACGCCCUCGACCAGAACGGCUCCCCCAUUAAGUUUGACUUUGACCUAGAUGAGAUGUCAGAGAAGGGUUCAUCAGAGCAUGGUGAGGAGGGUGAGGGUGGUGAGGGCAGCACCAAGGCGUCGUCCCCAGGCUCCAGUAGCUCAGUGCCCCUGCCCUCCAUGUUGCUGGAGAGGAAGAUGGAGGCGUUAACUCUGGAGUGGAAUAAGAGUCCUGACAUGCUGUUUACCAUCCACCCCACCGACGGGUCCUUCCUGGUCUGGCACGUCAAAUACCUGGACGAGUACAUCCAGGGGAUCUUCAGACAGGUGCAGGUGUCGUUCUCGUCCCGUAUCCCGGUGGCGUUCCCUACAGGCGACGCCAACUCCCUGAGUAAGAACAUUCUGAUGUACGCCUGCUCCUUCUCCAACGUGGAUAGCUCCAACGCCGGGGGAGAGCAGGGGAGGCGGGCCCGCCGUCUGCCCCGUUCUGCCUCUGCUGGGCUGGGUUCCUCAGCCCUCAGCCUCUCUCUGGGCCAAGCUCCAGGCAUCGGCCCUGCUGUCAUGAUGGUGUCCAAACAUGUGGACGGGUCUCUCAAUCAGUGGGCAGUGACGUUCGCUGAGCGCUCGGCGUUCUCCAACGUUCUAACUGUGUCUCAUACGUUCCGUUACUGCGGUCACCGGUUCCACCUCAACGACCAGGCGUGUCACACCGUCCUCCCCCUACUGCUGACCUCCUCCCACCACAACGCUCUCCUCACCCCCCCCUCCGCCCCCAGCAGCAUCGACCUCGACCAGCCACCCACACACACACCUCCCCCCAGAGGACGGCGCAGGAAGCAGCUGCGUAACGCGGCCACCAGGACGUUCCAUGACCCGAACGCCAUCUACAGUGAGCUGAUUCUGUGGAGGGUGGACCACAUAGGACCCCUGUCCUGCACUGGAGGAGUGUCAGAGCUGGCCCGAAUCAACUCCCUGCACACAUCAGCCUUCUCCAAUGUAGCAUGGCUGCCUACCCUUGUACCCAGCUCUGUGCUAGGUACAUACUGUAACAGUUCCAGUGCGUGCCUCAGUCAGAUUAACAAGAACUUGCGUCUCUACCAGGCUGUGGUGGACGCCAGAAAACUACUGACAGUCAACUGUCAAGUAAACACAGACCCUGAGACCUCAAAACUAGUAGGAGAGGUAUUUAACAUAGUGAGCCAGCAGUCGACAGCCAGACCAGGCUGCAUCAUAGAACUAGAUGUCAUCACUAACCAGUGUGGAUCUACCACCCAGCUCCUUCAUGUUUUCCAGGAGGACUUUAUUUUGGGGUAUACACCUCAGGAGGUCCCAGAGCUCUACACUACAUCCUACCCUUCUCUCCAGGAGUACCACCCUACUCCGUUCUCUGAGAAGUUCUUCCUGGUUGUCAUAGAGAAGGACCUGAACAUGAACUCUGUGCUGCAGAUGUGGCACCUGCACCUACAGUCCGUACAGGCCUGUGUGGAUGAUCCGGUCCCAGAGCGGUCUUACCAGUCUCAGCUGACGAUCCCGUUCCAACAGAGUACAGCUGACACGUCCCCCUCCCCUCUCCCUCGCUCAGCCUCCACAGCCAACCUGCAGUCAGCCAGCAAACUGAUCCUCAGCUCCAAGCUGGUCUGUAGCCACCGCCUGGACCUGCCUGUUGGGGUAGAGGUGACCAGGGCUACGCCCUCCGCAGGUCACCUGAGUUCGUCGUCCAUCUACCCUGUGUGUCUGGCCCCCUACCUGAUCGUCACCACUUGCUCUGACUCCCGCGUCCGUUUCUGGCGCUGCUCUGUGGAGGGGGGAGAGACAGCCCUGGGGUGUGAGGAGGGGGAGAACAGGAUCUAUCACUGGGAGCCUUGGGCUCUACUCAACGAGGAGGAGGAUAACAACAGUGCUGUGUGUGUCCCGGGACGUCCUGUAGCUGUGUCCUGUUCCUACACUGGACGACUGGCUGUCUCCUUCAAACAGCCCCGGCCUGGACACAUCCCGGGACAGGGCCAUGGUCCAGCAGGGGACUUCUCCAUGCAUGUGUCCAUCUUUGAGUGUGAGUCUACUGGGGGGUCUGAGUGGGUGUUGGAGCAGACUCUCCAUCUGGAUGACUUCACUAGGCCCUCCUCUACCCUGGACCCCGGAGUCAGUGUAGACUCCAACCUCUUUGUGUACAGCAGGUCUGACCUGUACAUGAGUCGCGACCACCACUCUCCCAACAUCAAACACUAUGUCCACCUGGACUGGCUGUCCAAAGAGGAUGGGUCUCAUAUCCUCACGGUGGGGGUGGGAUCCAAUAUCCUCAUGUACGGUCGCAUCUCGGGCGUGGUCAACGAACAGACCUCAAGCAAGGACGGGGUGGCGAUCAUCACACUACCUCUAGGGGGCAGCAUCAAACAGGGUAUCCGUUCACGCUGGAUCCUGCUGCGCACUGUGGACCUGCUCUCCUCUGUAGACGGCACCCCCUCCCUGCCCGUGUCCCUGUCCUGGGUGAGGGACGGCAUCCUGGUGGUGGGUAUGGACUGUGAGAUGCACGUGUACGCCCAGUGGCGCCAGGACCGCAAGCCCGGCGAGGCCGAGGGGGACAGCCUCUCCUCUGAAGAUAACGUCUCCGGGGGGGUUGGAGGUGGCGGAGGGCAGACGGCCACCAAUGCAGCCACGGGGGGAUCCUCGUUGGCAUUCAAGGGGCGUCCCCGAUCCAAGAGUGUGUUUGAGGGUAACGUGGCAAUCGACGAGGCUCUCCAGGCGCCGGCAGGGCUGCAGGAGGGGGGUCUGUUCGAGGCAGCCCACUCCCUGUCCCCCACCCUGCCUCAGUACCAUCCAACACAGCUGCUGGAGCUCAUGGACCUGGGGAAGGUCCGCCGCGCCAAGGCCAUCCUGUCCCACCUGGUGAAAUGUAUCGCUGGGGAGGUUGCUGUGGUGAGGGACGUGGAGGCAGGUGAGGGUGGAGCCAGACGCCACCUGUCCCGGACAAUCAGUGUGAGCGGCAGUACGGCUAAAGACACCAUCGUGGCCGGCCGCGACGGGGGACGAGAUUACACAGAAAUCAACUCCAUUCCCCCUCUACCCCUCUACGCUCUGCUCUCUGCUGACCUGGACACCUCCUAUAAGGGAGGAGAGGAGGGGGCGAAGGGAGGCAAGGUGGCCGAGGUAGAGGGGGCGAGGAAGACAGGAGGAGAUCAGUACACAGACCUGUUCCAGUUGCAGGCUGUGACGACGGAUGACUUUGUGAGCUUCGCUUCAGAGAAAGUAGAGAAGAAGUCUAGAUUCAUCAACCUGUCUCAGUACGGACCCACCUACUUCGGACCAGAACACGCACAGGUGUUAUCUAGUCAGCUGAUGCAUUCCAGUCUUCCAGGUCUGACCAGGUUGGAACAGAUGUUUCUGGUGGCUCUAGCUGAUACUGUAGCUACCACCAGUUCAGAGGUCAGCAGCUCCACUGACAAACAGUACACAGGUGGUGAGGCCCUGGAUGAGUGCGGGUUGAGGUACCUGUUAGCCAUGCGUCUACACACCUGUCUCCUCACCUCUCUACCCCCACUGUACCGCAUGCAGUUGCUGCACCAAGGUCUGUCUACAUGUCACUUUGCGUGGGCGUUCCAUUCGGAGGCUGAGGAGGAGAUGUUGAACAUGAUCCCGGCCAUGCAGAGAGGAGACCCUCAGUGGUCUGAGCUACGGGCGGUAGGGGUGGGCUGGUGGAUACGCAACAUCAACACACUACGCAGGAUGGUGGAGAAGGUGGGUAAGGCAGCGUUCCAGAGGAACAACGAUCCUUUGGAUGCAGCUCUCUUCUACCUGGCCAUGAAGAAGAAGGCUGUUCUCUGGGGCCUAUUCAGGUCUCAGCGGGAUGAGAAGAUGACGGUGUUCUUUAAGAAUAACUUCAGUGAGGACCGCUGGCGUAAAGCAGCUCUGAAGAACGCUUUCUCUCUGCUGGGGAAACAGCGCUUUGAACAGGCUGCUGCCUUCUUCCUGCUGGCUGGCUCCCUGAAAGACGCCAUCGAGGUGUGCUUGGAGAAGAUGGAAGAUAUCCAGUUGGCCAUGGUAGUAGCCAGGCUGUACGAGGCUGACUAUGAGAGCAGUUCCACCUGCCAAUCCAUCCUGUAUGAGAAGGUUUUGGGCUGCCAGAGGGACGGGUCAGGGUACCACUGCACCAAACUACACCCGGACCCAUUCCUACGCAGCAUAGCCUUCUGGAUCAUGAAGGACUACACCAAGGCCCUGGACACACUGCUAGAGUGCAUCCCCAAAGAGGAUGAUGAGAACCCAGAUGUGAUGGUGAAGUCGUGUAACCCAGUGGUAUUUAGUUUCUAUAACUACCUGAGGACACACCCCUUGAUCAUCCGCCGCCACUACGCGUCCCCUGAGGGUGCUGUGACAUCAUCACUAGGCCUCACCUCGGAGAAGAGCAGCGUCGACGAGAUCAACCUCAUCGAACGCAAACUCUUCUUCACCACCGCCAACGCACACUUCAAGGUGGGCUGUCCAGUGCUUGCCCUGGAGGUGCUCUCUAAGAUCCCCAAGGUGACCAAGAAGUCAGUCUACAUCAAGCUCCCCCUAAAUAAAGGCUCUUCCAUGGCCAACAUCAGCUCUAGCCAGCCCCGAGAAUGGGAACCAGGGGCCCUGGACUGGGCCUCUCCUUCCCCAGUUAAAGCCAAUCCUGCCUGGGAUACAGAGGAGAGCUCAGCCACACUGGACUGGAGCCAGCCUCUGGUCAAAGUGGAGGACGAUGGACUCCAGCUGGACUGGGGAGAUGAUAAGAACGAUGAAGAUGAUACUGAUGGGGGUCUGACAAUGAAGAAGACUGAUGUGGAGACCAAAGCUGACGAGGGGUCUGGGGGGGUGAGACCACCUGGGCUGCAGAAAGAGGACUCUCAGAACCAUCUCUGCUCUCAGGGUGAGUCUGAGGUGGACGUGAUCGCAGAGCAGCUGAAGUUCAUGGCGUGUCUGAAGAUACUGAUGACAGAGCUCAGGACGUUAGCUACUGGGCUGCAGAGGUGGACGGAGGGCUGGCGCAUUAUCAGCCACAGCUGGUUAGAGAAGGAGAUAGGGGCCAUGCACCGCAUCUGCAACUACAAGGUGACGGGGAAGGAGGAGAGCCAGGAGCUGGAGAGAUGGGAGGAUGGAGGAGGAGUAGAGGACGUGUUUGAGGAGUCCCUGGGGGGUGGCGGGGGUACGGAGGCGGGGGCGUAUGAGCGCCACCAGCUGGGGCGUAGGCGUCUCGCAGCCAAGCAGCUUCAUGCUGAAAGGAGGAAGGCGUGGCUGAGGAAGAACCAGGCUCUGCUCCGAGUCUUCCUGUCCUACUGCAGCCUGCACGGAGCCAAGGGAGGGGGGGUCACCUCGGUACGCAUGGAGCUCAUCUUCCUGCUGCAAGAGAGCCAACAGGAGACUACAGUGAAACAGCUCCAGUCCCCCCUGCCCCUCCCCACCACCCUCCCCCUCCUCUCAGCCAGUAUCGCCACCACCAAGACAGUGAUCUCCAACCCUGUCCUCCACCUUAGCAACCACAUCCAUGACAUCCUUCACACCAUCACACAGAUGGAGCUGCCUCCACACCCUGACCUCAUGGACGACAGGGUGAAUCUCCUGCACACCCUGGCUGCCUCUCUGUCUGCCUGCAUCUAUCAAGCCCUGUGUGACAGCCAUAGCUACAGCAGCCAGGCAGAGGCCAAUCAGUUUACAGGGAUGGUGUACCAGGGCCUGCUGCUGAGUGAGAGGAGACGGCUACGCACCGAGAGCAUCGAGGAGCAUGCUACACCCACCUCUGCCCCCGCGCAGUGGCCAGGUGUGUCCUCUCUGAUUGCUUUGGUUCAGUCAGCUCAGGGCGAGGAUCAGCCCAAGCUCAACGUGUUGCUGUGUGAGGCUGUGGUGGCAGUUUACCUGUCUCUGCUCAUCCACGGGUUGGGCAUGCACGCUGGCAAUGAACUGUUCCGCCUCGCUGCUCACCCCCUCAGCAACAAGAUGUGGGCGGCCGUGUUUGGGGGUGGGGCUAAAAUCAUCAUCAAACCGAAACGGAACGCCGAGAUCACUCCAGCAGCAGCAGCAGGUAAAGCUAGAACGGACUCAUCAUCAUCAGUGACCUCUGAACCUGACUCAGGGACUAAGGCUAAACCAGCCGUGCCAGCCCCUCCCCCAGCCGCGUCAGCCCCUCCCCCGGCAGAGGAUGUGGAUCGACUCAGACGACGGUUUAAUAUGAGGAUGCUGGUUCCUGGUCGUCCAGUAAAGGAGGUCCCUGCCACCCCCCCUCCCGUCCCUGCAGAGAGACCCGCCUACAGGGAGAAGUUCAUUCCUCCAGAGCUCAGCAUGUGGGACUACUUUGUGGCCAAACCCUUCCUGCCCCUGUCAGACAGUGGAGCUCUGUAUGACUCAGAUGAGAGCGGAGAGGAGGAUGACGACGACGAUGAUGAUGAUGCCUUCCUCUCUGACACACAGAUGACUGAACACUCUGACCCCAACUCAUACAGUUGGUCUCUGAUCCGUCUGGUCAUGGUGAAACUGGCUCUACAUAACGUCAAGACCUUCCUCCCUCUCACUGGACUGGACUUCACAGACCUGCCGGUGACGUCUCCUCUGGGGAAUGCUGUGCUGAAGACACUAGAGAACUGGGAGACCCAACUCCAGGAGAGGAUGAACAAGUUUGAUGGUCCUCCUCCCAACUACAUCAACACCUACCCCACUGACCUCAGCACAGGAGGGGGGCCCGCCAUACUGAGACACAAGGCCAUGCUGGAGCCUGACAACACACCUUUCAAGAAUAAGAACCACAUUUCGUUCCCUGCGAGGCGUCUCUGGCACUACCUGGUGAAACAGGACGUUCUUCAGGAGACUCUGAUUCGCUAUAUCUUCACUAAGAAGAGGAAGCAGAGCGAGUGUGUUGAAGGCUAUAUGGAUCUCCUCAGCCCAAACUGUGUAUCUGGAGCUCUCAGGUCCAACAAGGUGGAGGGAGACUUAGGCUACCCAGGAAGGAAUGCUAAGAUCAUCCACAAGGAGUCUGACAUCAUCAUGGCCUUCGCCAUCAACAGGGCUAACACCAAUGAGAUAGUGCUGGCGUCCACUCACGACGUGCAGGAGGUUGAUGUGUCCACUCUGUUAGCUGCUCAGCCCUACACCUGGAUAGGAGAGGACUUUGACAAGGAGUCACACAGUUCUGAUGACGUGGACUACCGUUCUUCCCACACUAACGUUGCCCAGGCCUCCUCUACUCCGUCGCACUUCAACCCCAAAGACAUGGCAGCCUCUGCAUCCAUGCCCUGGCUGGGGAGUGGGCAGACCAGCAUGGGUGCUAGUGUGGUACGACACACAAACAUCCUCCACUCACUCACACACUCACAAAACAUCCUCCACUCACUCACUCACACACUCACUCACUCACACACACACAAAACAUCCUCCACUCACUCACACACAAAACAUCCUACACACAGAAAACAUCCUCCACUCACUCACACACAAAACAUCCUAAACACACAAAACAUCCUCCACUCACUCACACACAAAACAUCCUACACACAGCAAACAUCCUCCACUCACUCACACACAAAACAUCCUACACACACAAAACAUCCUCCACUCACACAUUCACUCACACACAAAACAUCCUACACACACACAACAUCCUCCACUCACUCACACACACACACACACAAAACAUCCUACACACACAAAAUAUCCUCCACUCACACAUUCACUCACACACAAAACAUCCCACAGACACAAAACAUCCUCCACUCACUCACUCACACAUACACACAAAACAUCCACUCACUCACUCACUCACUCACUCACUCACUCACUCACUCACUCACACAUACACACACAAAACAUCCUCCACUCACUCACACAUUCACUCACACAUACACACACAAAACAUCCUCCACUCACUCACACACACACAGAUGCAUAGUAUAAUCAUACACACAGAUGCAUAGUAUAAUCACACAGACACACACACACAUACACACAGUGUGUGUAUAUAAAUAUGUUUGGGGUCACUUAAACAUUUCCUUGUUUUUGAAAGAAAAGCACAUUUCUUUGUCCAUUAAAAU